CACAUCAAUCACUUCUUUUGUCUAUGAUCAAUCAAUUCAAUCAUCAUAGGAGAAAAAAUAUGUGUUAUUUGUAACUGAUUUGUAACCUAUUACAAAAGAUUAAUUGACAUGAUUGAACCACUUCUGGAUACGUUUUUAUAUUUUGCUUACGGCAGCAAUUUAUUAAAAAAAAGAAUUCGUAUAAACAAUCCUUCUGCUGAAUUUUUGGGUGUCGGCCGUCUUAACGUAAUAAUAAAUUAUCGGAACAAGUACAAAAACCACGACUUAUACUUAUUCUCACAAUAACUUUCUUUAUUUUAGGAUCAUCAACUAAAUUUUAUGAAAUAUUCUGAUCAUUGGAGAGGGACUUCAGCUACAAUUGUACCAGUAGAAGGCUCCUAUGUUUGGGGAGCUAUUUGGAGGAUUCACAAUAAAGACAUGCCUGCUUUAGAUAGGCAAGAAGGAGUUGAUACAAAUUGGUAUUUUCCUAAAACAGUAGAAAUAAUUACACUUGAGGGCUCAAAAGUGCAAUGCCGUACUUAUCAACAAACAAUCAAUCCACCUGUUUGUAAAGAAGAUGAAGAACUGCCUCUAGAAAGAAGGCCAUCAACAACAUAUCUUGAUUGUAUUAUAAAUGGUGCAAUUGAAUGUAAACUCCCUGAAGACUAUAUAGAAAAGUUGAAAAAGAUACUUCACAAUGGAAACGAAGCAUCACCUAAAAUGAUUGAACAGCUCAACAGUCUGUAAAUAAAAAUGUGAAAAUUUAUCUGUGAUUGUGUAACAUUAUUAUUAUAUGAAAAAUUUAUUACAUACAUAUAGUUAUAAUCUGCUGUUUUAAAUUAUUACAAAACUUAUUUUAUUUUUUUUUAGGAUAUUUACCAAGAUAUAUCCCAGUUUUGAUAG